CAUAAUUAUUUGAGAAGAAUAAGCACCGGUUCAGGCCGCGAAUAAAAAUAAGAAGAAAACAAUUUUUUGGUUAUGUUAAACUUCAUCAUCUAUUUAUUUGAUAAUGGAUAUCAAUAAAGGUGAGAAAGCAAUCAAGAGAGAGAAUGAUUUUUUUAUUGAAAAUAUUGGCAUCAAAACAGAAUUUGUUGAAGAAGAGACCAGGAAAGAUUUCUUGAUCAGAUGCGAAGUCUGUAAAAAUUCUAUUAGUGGAACAGUUUGUAUCCAUUAUAUGAAUGGUUCUUUUAGAGACAUAAAGAAUGAUAUGAUGGAUUACCAGUAUAUAACAACCCAGGAACUCGAAGAUUCCAAAGUGAACUGUAAUGAUUUAAAAUUAUCAUUGAAAGAGGAAAAUUCAUUGGAUAAUAAAGAGUUGUUGUCACAUACUGAGGACUUUGUCAAAAGUGAAAUAGACUUUGUCAAAACAGAAGAAGAAAGUGAUUCUUUUUAUGAUAAUUGCAAUGAAAUUGUUACUGAUGCAGAGUCACGUUUGAAUUUUAAUGGGUUGGAAGUGAGUAAUGUUGAACAGGCUUCCAUCAAAGAGUCUUACGAGAGUGUUACAAGUAAUAAUGAUCCAGCUUUGAAAGUCUGUGAUGAAAAGCUUUAUGAAUGCAAAGUCUGUUCAGAAUCUUUCAAUAACAGUUCUUCUUUGACAAAACACUUCAGAAUUCACACAAGAGGAAAUCCUUAUGAAUGCAAAAUUUGUUUAAAAUCGUUUUCCCAACGGGGUGGUUUAUUGACCCAUUCCAGAAUUCAUACAGGAGAAAAGCCUUAUGAAUGUAAACUAUGUUCAAAAUCAUUUUCCCAAAAGGGUAGUUUGAUGACUCAUUCCAGAACCCACACAGGAGAAAAACCUUAUGAAUGCAAAAUUUGUUUAAAAUCCUAUUCUCAACAGAGUAGUUUAAUGACUCAUUCCAAGAUUCACACAGGAGAGAGGCAUGAAUGUAAAAUAUGUUCAAAAUCUUUUUCCCAAAAAGGUAGUUUGAUAACUCAUUCCAAAACACAUACAGGAGAAAAACCGUUUGCGUGCAAAGUCUGUUCGAAAUCUUUUGACAAAUAUACUCUUUUGUCAGUGCAUUUCAGAAUUCACACAGGAGAGAAACCGUAUGCGUGCAAAAUAUGCUCAAAAUCUUUCAGAACACAUUAUAUCUUGACAAAUCACUCCAGGAUUCACACAGGGGAAAAACCUUAUGAAUGCAAAAUAUGUUUAAAAUCCUAUUCUCAAAUGGGUAGUUUAAUAACUCAUUCUAGAACUCACAGAGGAGAGAGGCAUGAAUGUAAAAUAUGUUCAAAAUCCUUUUCACAAAAAGGUAGCUUGACAACUCAUUUCAGAACACAUACAGGAGAAAAACCGUUUGUGUGCAAAGUCUGUUCAAAAUCUUUUGAUACAAAUACUCAUCUGUCAGUCCAUUUCAGAAUUCACACUGGAGAGAAACCGUAUGUGUGCAAAAUAUGUUCAAAAUCUUUCAGAACAAGUUAUAUCUUUACAAAUCACUCCAGGAUUCACACAGGAAAAAAGCCUUUCGAAUGCCAAGUCUGUUCAAAAUCAUUUUCGCAGAAGAGUAGUUUGAUAACUCAUUCCAAAAUUCACAUAAGAAAAAACCAUAUCAAUGUGAGUGAAGUCUGUUUGAAAUAAUUUUUCCAAAAAUUUUUAUGUUUUUUGCCACUGAUUUAUCAAGGUCAGGAGGAUACUUCUUGGUUUAAAAUCAAAAGAUGUCCACCCAAAAGCAUCAAAUGAAGUGAUUGGAAUGGUUUGUGUACUGAAUGUGAUUAUCUCUGUUUUAGACAAAGUGAAGUCUAAAUGGCUAUACAAUUUGUUGAAUAUGAAUAAUUUCUGAUUAUCAAAGUCUAAGUGAUUUUUUCCAUGCUUUCUGUAUAAUUUAUUUAUAUUUAUG